AGUGGUGGGUCGUGCGUCAUAAUUGUGUGCCGUCACGCUCGUAAGGUGUCUGCCUUGAAAACCAGCCAUGGCUCGAAACGCAGAAAAGGCCAUGACGGCCUUGGCCAGGUUUCGACAAGCCCAACUAGAAGAAGGGAAAGUGAAGGAGAGACGACCGUAUCUUGCCUCAGAAUGCAAUGAGUUGCCGAAAGCAGAAAAGUGGAGGCGGCAGAUCAUCAGUGAAAUUUCAAAGAAGGUGGCACAAAUACAGAAUGCUGGUUUAGGGGAAUUCAAGAUUCGUGACUUGAAUGAUGAAAUCAACAAGCUUCUCCGUGAGAAGGGCCACUGGGAGGUUCGGAUCAAGGAACUGGGAGGCCCUGACUAUGCGAGAAUCGGACCAAAGAUGCUGGAUCACGAGGGCAAGGAAGUGCCAGGAAACAGAGGUUACAAAUAUUUUGGCGCUGCAAAGGACCUACCUGGAGUCAGAGAGCUGUUUGAAAAAGAACCUGUGCCACCACCCAGAAAAACGAGGGGUGAGCUGAUGAAAGACAUUGAUGCUGAGUAUUACGGCUACCGGGAUGAGGACGAUGGUGUGUUAGUGCCCUUGGAACAAGAAUAUGAGAAACAAGCAAUAGCAGAGGCCACUGAGAAGUGGAAAGCAGAAAAAGAAGCUCGUUUAGCUGGGGGUGAAGCGGUGAAAGAGGUGGAAGAAGAAGAAGAGUAUAUAUAUGCUGUCAAAGAUGAUGAGUCUGAUGAUGAGAUGAGGGAACAGGUGGAGGGAGAGGAUGGUGCACAGACAUUUAUUGCUCAUGUACCUGUGCCAUCACAAAAAGAGAUUGAAGAAGCCUUGGUCAGAAGAAAGAAGAUGGAGCUGCUCCAGAAGUACGCCAGUGAGAGCUUAAUGGCACAAAGUGAAGAAGCGAAAGCGCUGCUAGGUUUCUAAUGUUACCCGUAAGAGUACAGGCUCAGGAGUUCCAACAUGAAAGUUUCUGCGUCCAAGGGUUUAUUUUGUGGGAGUUGAGGUGAUUUAAGUGUAAAUGUAUAUAUUGCCAUUCAAAAAUUUCAACCUAUGUCACUAAUAAGUAGAAUCCAAGAAUUCAUUUUGAUGUGCAAGUGACUAUCUACACAAAACCAGCAAUUGCAGUGACUCGUAUAUGCCAAGACGUGUGACAUUUCUUUUUAUAAGAGGAGUGUUUUUAAUGACAUGAUAAUUACCAUAUUUUACCAACUUUUCCAAUUGUUGUAAUACACAGUAUGGCAAAAGGUCUUUGGACACCUGAUGGUCAUACCUUUAUUUACUAUUUGAAGAUCAUAUUCUUGAUUUAGUCUUCUUUUCCUGUUAUUAUUAUUUUUGUUUCUGUUAGAUGGUUUUCCACAAAAUUUCAGAGUAUGGCUGGGGGAUUUAUGAUCAUUUAGCCAGAAGAGCAUUAGUGAGGUCAGACUGGAAGGUCUGUGGUGUAGCCAGCGUUCCAAUUCAUCCCAUCGGCUUUCAGUGGGGUUGAGGUCUUAGGGGCUCUGUGCAGGCCACUGAUGAUCUUCCACUCAAACCUUGGCAAAGCAAGUCUAUAUAAAAUAUAUGCUCUUUGUUCACAAGGGCAUUGUUCAAGGUUUGAGCCUCUUAGUUUCAGUGAAAGAAAAUUGUAAUGCUACACUAUACAGAGAUACCCUGUAUGGAUGAUCAGGUGUUUCCAAUUUUUUUGGCAACAGUUUGGUGAAACCCAUGUAUGGGUUGUGACUUUCAGGUGUCCAGAUGAAUUUGCUCUAUAUUGACUUUUGGGGAUAUAUGGUGUUGAAUAUAAACAACAGCAAACAGUACUUUGUAAAUAUGUUUUGUAUACAAUGCUCACAGUUUUGGACCAGUAAAAAUUUUCUAUAAAAA